GACACAUGCACCCUUCAUGUUGACAGUCGAGCCCCUGAGCUAUUCUAUUCGUAUCUAUCUCCCGGCUUACAUACCCUACUCCGAACUAACCACUGGGCAUGUCAUGUCUUGAUCCCUUGUUGCUUGUUGCAUGUGGGUAAGGCGGAGGGGGGAAGCUGAUCCUUGUAAGUGGGCGUCGUAUUUUGGGCAUGUCAGCCUGUCUGUCCUUUUUUCAUUAUCUCAACUCUCUUUUCUUUCUUCAUGUUCCCUUUUCCCUCCGUUCCGCAUGGUCCCCUUCCCACAGCGGAUUCCUGCCCACAUGCCCUGUGCUCUCACGAACUCGGCGGUUCCUGAAUCAUUGCCACACUGCGGUGCGCCAUUCCAUUGGCCCUACAAGGGGAUAGCUAGCGGGAACCCGUCCUUUCGCCCUCGUAUCGUCGACGGACCAACCGACAACUAGACGACACUAAAACUUGGGCCGACCACCAAUCCCGAGGCUUGACAGUUGGGCCGACGUUGAAGAAUUGUCAAUCCGUCGAGUCGACCAUUUCACACUCCUCGUCCUCCCGAGUUUGCUUUCAA